GUGCUACGUCGUUAAUGGCUACGAUGAUGCUACGAAUUUUUGCAUUUUCAGUAGAAAACUGUCAUUAGAAAUCUUGUUUGUUAUGAGUAAAAACUGUUUAAACUGAUUUUCGUCUAAGUAAAUCAAUAAAUAAGUUUAUUUCCGGAAAAUCUGUAAGUAAAUCAAACUAUAAACCAUCGGUCGCUACAUAACUAUUAUCUUAUUAUGAAUUAUUGUAACUUGGAUUUAAAAAAUGAGUGAUGAUAGUGAUUUCGAACCUCGAAAUAAACGGAAAAGGAAUAUUUGUUGUUUAAAUGACAGUCAUAGCAGUCCAAGUAGUUCUGCAAGUAGUUCAAUAGUGACAACUUCAAGAAAAGGCAUCAGACGAAGAUAUGUAGAAGACACAUCAGAUUCCGACAGCGAAAGUUCAAUCGAGGUCCGCCCUAAAAGAAAAGUCAUUCCUAGAGUAACAAGUGACCCUGAAUCAGACAGUUCAGGAUCAGUGAUAAUCCAGCGUCCUAAAAGGCCAGUCAGGGUUGUUAGCGAUUCAACGAGUUCUGAGGAUUCAGACCAUGGCUUUGAAGGAAGUUCUAGCAGCCAAUGGGAGACAGACGUGUCUGAUGUGGAAACUCCAGAAGCACCCACUGCCAAAGUACAGGACACAGGAGUUGAUUCGGACUCCAGUGACGGCCAAUCUGAAAAGUGUCCAAUUUGUCUUAUCUCCUUCACUAAUCAGGAAAUUGGCACACCUGAAUCAUGCGACCACAUGUUUUGCGUUGAUUGUAUUCAGGAAUGGUCCAAAAACAUGAAUACUUGUCCUGUAGACAGACAGGAAUAUCACAUGAUAUUAGUUAGACGGAAUUUAAAUGGCAGUAUUUAUCGCGAAGUUCAAGUUCAACCACCAAAUCCUCAGAAUGAGGUUGAUAUUCUUGAAGAUCCCACUUUUUGUGAAAUCUGCGGUUCAAGCGAUAGAGAGGAUAGAAUGCUUUUGUGUGAUGGAUGCGAUUUGGGGUUCCACUUGGAAUGUCUAAAUCCCCCUCUUGCAGAUAUUCCAAUAGGAUCAUGGUUUUGUAACGAUUGUACUCCUGAGGAUUUGGUUGACCCAGAAAUUGAAUUGUAUGAACUUCAGUUGCUUCUAGAUGAUGCCAAUGAUUUAGGGAGGCCUAGAAGCAGCCGCAGGACAACAUCAUCGAGAUUAGUACCUCGGACUCGCCAAAGUGAAAGGGUUCGACAACGAAUAGCAAAUAACCGAAACAACACUGAAGCACUGGUAGACCCUCCUGAACUCGCUCAGGCAGUUUCCAGUACAUCGCGCCCAGUUCGACGAGUGAAGAAGAAGAAGAAAAGGAGGAAGAAGAAGAAGUCUUAUAAGGUCGUUUAUAAAGUGGACAGUGCGACUGGGGAAACAAUUGCUGUGAAGAAACGUCGAACGAAAAAACGACGAACGAAGAAACGACGAGUGCGACCAAUUCCCACCCCUAAAACCGUUAAAAAAAGGUUAGCUAAGCAGUUGGGGAUCUGUGCCCCUAGGAACGUCCCCCAGAAUAUUCCCGAAAUGAGAGUCCAACCACAAGUGAGCAAUCUACAAUCACAGCGUUACAAUGCAGGAAUACCAACUUUAAGCAUUUUUGGAAAUCGCGAUGAGUUGGACUUGGUGGUGUCUGAAGAUGAAGAUGAUGGUUUUGGAGUAGUUAUUAGACGAGGAAUAAGUCGCAGAAGAACGCUAAUUAAAAGUAUAACUGUUCCUAAUUCAGUUUCGAGCAGUACUGAUGUCUUGGGGAGCAUUUUAGAUGUUCAGUCUAAAUUUCAUUCGAAACAUACAAAAUUUUCUCUUGGUAAAGACGGAAAAUUUACAAUGGACAAUUCGAAAGACAGAGUAUUGAAAGACUUAAAUAAUUACAAUCAAUUAGUAAGUCGGCGACCAGCGUCUUAUUCGGAAGAUGCUCGAAAUGACAAUGUACCAACUUCCAGUGGUCACAGAAGUUCAAGUCCAGAUCAGAACAACACGGCACCGACAUCCACCGUCGAAAAUAGCAAUGUUCCCGCUAGUUCGACUGGAAACAUCCAAGAACAAUUCGAUAAUCCACAAGAUUACACACAGAGCAAUCUCAAUACCAUUUAUGAUGUCACUGUGGAGGACAAUAGCGUAGCAAAAAAGAAACAAGAAGACGCGUCAGAAGACAACACUCCCAGAAGCGGUACACCUGCUAGCGAAUCCGAAAUCGAUAUUUAUAGUGACAUAGAAACCGUCAGUACUAGUAAAGCAGAUGAAGGUGAUUUUAAAGCACCUUCACCACUUCCAGCAACUUCUAAUACUGGAACCGACGAUGAGAAUAAUGACAGUGAACCUGAUAUGGUUAUUGACACCGAUAAACCGAACCCUGAGCCUGAAGAAAAUGUUAAAGAAGAAACAACAGUUACCUCGACGGUUGAUUCGAAUUUGGAAAUAAGUCCAUUUGCGCAAGAUGUGUCUUCAUCUUCCGAAAUUCAGUCUCAAGCAAUUCAGUCAUCGAAUUUACUUUUCGAUGAUAAAAAAUACGAAGAGAAGUGUGGUGAUGACGAUGAAGAUUCAGAAGAUGGCUGUCCAAAUUUCAGUAUUUAUUCCAAAGAGAGUAUAACCAUGGCGAAAAAUACAGACAUAAGUAUGAGCGUAACUGAAGAUGAAGUAAAAUCUGACGACGACAAAAUGAAAUCUGAAGACAAUAGAGAAAAUGAUCAAGUUGGUGAGGUUAGUUCAUCACCGGCUCCUAAACCUUUGGAACCCAUAAAAGCCGAAGCAGUUAUUAGUCAAAGAGUGGAACAAAAGCCUUCUAUGAGUACAGGAUUAUACAGUGAUUCAGAAGAUGAAACAAUUGUAAAAAAGGGAAAUUCGUUUGGAAUCACAGACAUACGCAAUAUGACUGAAGACAUCAGCGAGGAAGAAAGAAGUUACACACCGUGUCUCGAUGAGCGCCCCCAUACUUUCAAGGAAGGUAUCGAAGGUCUAGACACUGAAAUGAUAUCAGAUGAGGAUCGAAAUGACUUUGAUGAAUCUCACGAUCUAAAAACGGCGUCAGACGGAGAUGCUCUUGAAAUAAAUGCAAAAGAAUCAGAAUUAGACUUCACGCGACCUGAGGAUUAUGAAGAAGGAGAAAUAGUUGACAAAUCAAAGGUUAAAAAAGAAGAGGGUAAAAAAGUUAAAGAAGAAAGUGGAAAGAAAUCGAUAAAAAAGAAGGACGAAAGUGAUAAAUCUGGAAAUAAAGAAAAUGAAAAUCAAAAUACUAAAACAGAAUCGACAUUUAAAAAAUUGAGUAAAAGUAACAAAGAGCGUAAUUAUCGAGAUAAAGAUCGAGAAAGGAGCAAAUCGAGGGAUAAAAAAGACAAAGACUUUAAGAGAGAUAAAAAGAAGGAGAAACGUAAAGAAAUCGAACGUUAUGACGUUAGAGCAUUGAUAGCUGAAAAGCCGCGACGAUUGAUCACUAAAGACAAAUUUGGACGGGACAUAAGAAGAAGUCCUUCUGGUUCAGUAACGAGAACGCCUCCCAGAAGAACAAAGUCGCCAUCUCCUUCACCAAAACCGCGCAGAUCUCUUUCCAAAGCAAGAUCUACGUCGAGAGAAAGAAACAGAAAAAAGAGAAAACGUUCGAAAAAUCGUCGUUCGCUAUCUCGAUCUAAAUCAAGAUCUACGGAUCGAAGACGUUCGCGAUCUAAAACGAAGAAAAGAAGGCGUUCACUGAGUAGAGAAAGAAGGAGGAAAUCACGUGAUAGGUCGAAGGGUAAAACCAAAAAGCACAGGAGUCGCAGUAGACAUCGUUCCAGAUCUCCGACACCGAAACGGACUAAAGAGUGGUCUAGAAGACAUUCAAGAGAUUGGACACCUUCUUUGUCACGAUCGAGAACUCCAGAACCGCGACAUUUAACUCCAUCAUGGACACCUCCAAGAAUUAUGGAUAAUACAGUAAAACCACAUAAUUUAACUGUCAUUUUAACAAACGAUGCCAAUAAAAAGAAGAAAGAUAAAAAAAGAAAAUCCGAGAAGAAAUCUAAAGAAAAUGACAGAGCUAAAAAGAGAAAACGUAACGAACACACUCCGCCACCAUCUAAAGAAGUUUUUGCAUCUGGCGAUAAUAUCCUAGUUAGUGUGAGUUUUAACAAAGAUAAUGAAACAAGGGAUGUAUCUACGAAGAAAAAACGAGAAGUUGAAGAAGUCACUAAAAAAGUUAAAAAGGAUAAAACGAAAAAGAAGAAGAAAAAUCGCGAUUUAACCGGAGUGAAACCAGUGGCUAUAAUAGAUUUGGAAAGGUCGCCUUUCAAAGAAUUGACUCCGUCACCUAAAGACAUCAUUGUGUUAAGCGACAGUGACAACGAAGAAGCGAGGAAUUUACAGAAAGCAAUCUGCGAUUCUUCUCAACAAGGGACAAGUCCAGAGAGAUGCGUGAAUAAUUACACGACAGGUCCCAAGACACCACCUGAACCUCAAGUUAAAUUCACGUUGACAUCAAAACAAACUCAAAUGCGUGCAAUAUCGAAUCCUUUGCAUGAGCCCGACGAUAUUGAGCCUCCAGGUGACGACACCCAAGAGAACGUGGACGGAUUACAUAAAGGUCCGAAUACUCCUCCUGAACCGCCCAAUUCACCACCGAGCUCACCAGACGCUUACGAUCCCUUCGAACCGACUAAAUCUCGAUCACCAACACCUGAGCCUCAGGCAACUCAGUCCAGCAAUGUGCUAAAUAUCGACGAUAACAGAGACGACAGUAUUACAAUUAGUACAGAAGUGGAAAAAACAAGCAAUUCGAUUAGUCAAACUCCGGACGCUCUAAAGUCACAUACGCCACCUUUGGCAGACGUCCAACCUGCGGACUCGCAGAGUAGCAUUCAAGUCACUCCUGAGUCCAGUUUAAGUAAAUCCCCAGAACGUUCCGUCACUGUAACACAGACGACGACGACGAAACCAGUCGCUCAAACCAUUCCAUUCUCAUCAUCGGUACCUACUUCUUUAAUGACGUCAACGCCGGUUAAUACUAGUUUAGCGCUUCCGAGAAUUAACAUCCUCAAUACAACCCUUUUAACACCGGUCCACGUUGCAUCGUCUAUUCCACAAAGGAUCGUUUUGCCAAAUACCGUCAAAUCGAGUCCAGUGAAAAUCUCUCCGACGAAGCCUGCGAUCAAAGCGACUCCUAUCAAGCCAAUGCCUUCCAAAGCUGCAAGGAAAUCGAGUAGUCGCAAUCAGAACGGAAGCGAUAUUGCCGAUACGAAUUUAGGUUUUGAUUCGCCGUAUUCGCCUGGUUCCAGCGAUUACGAGGAUUUGUUUGAGCCGCCCGUUGAGACGGCUCCUAAAAUAACGUCAAAAGCGAGCACCAAUAAGAACGUCAAGUCACCUUCAAAGGUUCAGAAUGCGUUCGAUGCUCUUUUUGGAUCAUCACCGUUUAACAAAGCUAAGCCGAAACAGGACAAACCGACGAAUAAGUUUAAUAAAAAGCCGCCACCUGCUGUUCCUGUUGGUAAUAAAGUUGCCGCAGGUACUAAACAAGUAGGAGUUAAAAUAGAUGAAGACAAUUUGAAGAUUCUAGACGAGCUACCGAAUUCUGCCGUUGAGAUGCAAGUAAAGGACAAGUUUUUGAAGAAAUUGAACCGUCAGGAGCGAGUCGUAGAGGAGGUUAAAUUGGUGUUAAAGCCACAUUACAAUAAAAAACAUAUAAACAAAGAGGAAUACAAGGAUAUUUUAAGAAGAGCUGUUCCUAAGAUAUGUCACAAUAAGUCUGGUGAAAUUAAUCCGACUAAAAUCAAGAAUCUUAUUGAAGCGUACGUGAAAAAAGUGAGACAUAGCAAAAAGGUGACCUCCAGUAGUAGUUCUGUCAAUCCCCAGAAAGCUUAGUUGUAAUCAACUAAUCGUGUACAUAUAAUUUUAAUUUAGUGAAUCUUCUAAGAUUAUUUUUUAAAAAGUAGACUAAAAAUAAGUUUUAUUUAUGUGAAUCUGCUGAAUAAAUUUUGUGGACUUUUUCAAUGUAUCGAAAUUUUUAGGCAAAUAUACAUCUGUAUAUUAAGGAAAACUGCAACAAAACUUUAUUAAAGG